GCAGAGCGGAGAGCCAGAGAGCCAGAGCGCAGCGCGCAGAGCGCAGCAGCGGAGGACGCCGACCGUCCGGGGAGCAACAAAGUGGGGAAGAGGACUUUUCCCUCUCUGCUCGUGCGCGCCGCGGGACGCGGAGCCGCUCGGACGCCGCUCGGAAGCGCCUCUGCUCGGGUUCCGUCCUCCGCCUCACCUGCGGCUCCUCCUGCGGGCUUCGAUCCGCGCGGCGGCGGAGAUGCUGCCUGUGGAGCUGGACGCUGCCGCCGGGUCUUAGGCUGGAUUUACCGUCGCUGCCGCUGCUGCGUCCCUCGAACCGUCCGCGCCUCGGAGAAGCCCGCACGUAUGAUGGAGUACCGCCUGGCUCUGCUCCCGUUACUGGUUUUACACGAGCUCACAACUUUGGCAUACGGGUCCCGGCCCCGGCUGGAGGACGCCGCCCCCCGGGUCGUGGAGCACCCGUCCGACCUGAUCGUGUCGAAGGGCGAGCCGGCCACGCUCAACUGCAAGGCGGAGGGCCGGCCGACGCCCACGGUGGAGUGGUACAAGGACGGCGAGCGCGUGGAGACGGACCGCGAGGACCCGCGCUCGCACCGCAUGCUGCUGCCCAGCGGCUCGCUCUUCUUCCUCAGGAUCGUGCACGGGAGGCGGAGCAAGCCCGACGAGGGCGUCUACGUCUGCGUCGCCCGCAACUACCUGGGCGAGGCGGUCAGCCGCAACGCGUCGCUGGAGGUGGCAAUUCUUCGGGACGACUUCCGCCAGACGCCCAGUGACGUGGUGGUGGCUGCAGGGGAGCCGGCCGUCAUGGAGUGCAUCCCCCCCAGAGGGCACCCCGAGCCCACCAUCUCCUGGAAACGAAACAACAUGCGGGUGAACGACAAGGACGAGAGAAUAACGAUCCGUGGAGGAAAGCUGAUGAUUUCCAACACCAGGAAGAGCGAUGCUGGGAUGUACGUGUGUGUUGGGACCAACAUGGUGGGGGAGAAGGACAGCGAUCCAGCAGAGCUGGUGGUGUUCGAGCGGCCCGUCUUCACCAAGCAGCCGGUGAACCAGGUGGUGCUGGCCGACGACACGGUGGACUUCUUCUGCGAGGUGCACGGAGACCCCACCCCCACCAUCCGCUGGCGGAGGGAGGAGGGGGAGCUGCCCCGGGGCAGGUUUGAGAUCCGCAGUGACAACAGUCUGCGUCUGAGCCAGGUGAAGGCCGAGGACGAAGGCUCCUACACCUGCGUGUCGGAGAACAGCGUGGGGAAAGCCGAGGCUUCGGGCGUCCUGCAGGUGCACGUGGGUCCGUCCUUGCCGCCUCAGAUCGUGGUUCGGCCGCGGGACCAGAUCACGGCGCCGGGCCGCACCGUCACCUUCCUGUGCGGCACCAAAGGGAACCCUCCUCCAGCCGUCUUCUGGCAGAAGGAAGGCAGCCAGAUCCUGCUCUUCCCGAUCCAGGAGCCGUCCCAGUCCGGCCGCUUCUCCGUGUCGCUGAGCGGCGAGCUGACCGUCACCGACGUCCGGGUGGAGGACAGCGGCUACUACAUCUGUCAGGCCAUCAGCGUGGCGGGAAGCAUCCUGACCAAAGCUCUGCUGGAGGUGGAGAGCGCUCCGUCGGACCGGGUCCCGCCCAUCAUCCGCCAGGGACCGGCCAAUCACACGCUGGCGCCGGGCGCCACCGCCCAGCUGCACUGCCACAUCCUGGGGAACCCCGUCCCCAGCAUCCAGUGGGAGAAGGACGGCCAGAGGAUCCUGGGGAACGACGGGCGGGUCAGCCUGAUGGAGAACGGAACCUUCCAGAUCACCAACCUGCAGGAGACGGACUCCGGAGUGUACACCUGCCUGGCUUCCAGCUCCAGCGGGGAGACGAGUUGGAGUGGAGUGCUCACAGUCAAAGACAGCGCCGAAGCCUCGGUGGCCCAGACGGCCGAGCCCUUCCAGCUGCCCGGCCCGCCGCACAAGCCCAUCGUCACCGACGUGUCCAAGAACAGCGUGUCCCUGACCUGGCAGCCCAACGCCCACGAGGGGGGCGCCGCCGUCACCUCCUACAUCAUCGAGGCCUUCAGCCAAUCAGCAGGCAGCACGUGGCAGACGGUGGCCGACAUGGUGAGGAUGGAGACGCACACCAUCACUGGUCUGCUGCCCAACACCAUCUACCUGUUCAUCGUCCGAGCCGUCAACGCGUACGGCCUGAGCGACCCCAGCCCCAUCUCCGAGCCCGUCAGGACCCAGGACGUCAGUCCCACCGGUCAGGGCGUGGACCACCGGCAGGUCCAGAGGGAGCUGGGAGAGGUGGCGGUGCAGCUCCAGGACCCGCUGACCCUGAGCCCGGCCUCCAUCCGGGUGUCCUGGACCGUGGACCGCCAGUCCCAGUACGUGCAGGGCUACCGGCUCUUCUACCGGCCCAGCGGGGGGUCCUGGCUCCUGCAGGACAUCAACUCCCCCUCCGAGCGCAGCACCGUGCUCACCGGCCUGCUCAAGGGCUCCGAGUACGAGGUCAAGAUCCGGCCCUACUUCGAUGAGUUCCAGGGGAAGGACAGCCGGACGCUGCUGGUUCGAACCCCGGAAGAAGUCCCCAGCGCUCCACCCAGGGCCGUGACGGUGGCAACAGUGAAGCUGAGCAACGGCUCCGGCAUCAGCGUCUCCUGGGAGCCUCCGCCCAGCGACAUGCAGAACGGCAUCAUCCAGGAGUACAGGGUUUGGUGCGUGGGCAGCGGCGGGGACAACCAGACCCGGUACUACAUCAACCGGACGGUGGACGGGAACACGCUGUCCACGCUGCUGAAGGGGCUGCUGCCCGGCCUGCUGUACCAGGUGGAGGUGGCGGCGGUGACCGGCGCCGGCGUGGGGACGCGCAGCCCGCCGGCGUCCGUCCUCAUCAAGCCGCCAGCCGAGCAGCCCUCGGUGGCGGGGAGCGGCGGCGGCGAGGCCGACGGCGAGGAGAGCAGCGUCAGCCUGGCGGAGCAGAUCACCGACGUGGUGAAGCAGCCGGCCUUCAUCGCCGGCAUCGGCGGCGCCUGCUGGGUCAUCCUGAUGGGCUUCAGCGUCUGGAUCUACUGCCGCCGCAAGAAGAGGAAGGAGCUGAGCCACUACACCGCCUCCUUCGCCUACACGCCGGCAGUUGGUUUUCCUCACGGAGAAGCGUCGGGCCUCAAUGGAAGGCCCGGCGUUCUCGGGGGGAACAUGGGGAACUACCCCUGGCUGGCCGACUCCUGGCCCACCACCAACCUGGUGCACAGCGGGAAGGAGGCGGUGAGCUGCUGCACGGCCAACCACGACACGGCGGAGAGGUACUACAACGAGGCUGGCAUCUCCAACUACCUGACCCAGACAGAGAAGUACAGCAUGGGGGGCUCCACCGAGGGUCCGAUCUACAGCACCAUCGACGCCACCAGUGAGGACCUGCACAGCUUCACCUACGCCCAGCACAGCUCCACCGCGCCGUACGCCUCCACCUCCAUCAUGCCGUUCAGCGCCGGCCCCCCGGCCGCAGAGCAGGCGGAGGACGGGCACUGGAUCAGCCAGCCCGGGCCCUCGGGGGCCCAGUACGCCCAGCCGGACCGCUGCAGUGCAGGGAAGCCCAAGCCGAAGGUGAUGGGGAAGGCGGUGAAGACCCCGUCCCUGACCUGGAUGGAGGCGUUGCCCCCCCCUCCACCCAUCGGGGAGCUGGAGCAGAGCGAGCCGGACCAGCUGCUCCCGGACCACCGGGACAUGGACAUCGGCUCGGAGGAGGAGUGGUGCCCCCCCCUCCCGGAGAGGACCUACCUGAUGGAGGGCUGCGAGGACGGCCCGGCGCCGCCUCAGCGGAACGCCGCCUCGUCUCCCGCCACGUCCUACAGCCACCAGUCCACCGCCACGCUCACCCCGUCCCCCCACGAGGAGCCCCGCCCCCCGCCGCUGGACCAGCAGCUGUCCCGCAGACGGUUGCCCUGCGGUCCGGUGCCGGCCCCCCAGGCGCCCGGCUCGCCGCUCGCCCACUCUAACCCCGCCCUGCUCGGCCCGUCGGAGGCCGGGACGCUGCAGUGCCAGACCCCGACCCCGCGCUGCCUGCAGAACCAGGGUCCGGCCCCCCAGGAGGACCACAGCGGAGCCAGCACGCCGGUGCACGGACGCCCUCCCCCCACAGACACGUGCACGCCCCCCAACCAAAAGUCCAGAGUGAAGAAGAAGGGCUCCAAGACUUCGUCCUACAGACGAGAUAUGCAAGGAGACCUGCCGCCUCCUCCGGAGCCCCCCCCAGAGGACGAGCGGCUGCAGGCGCCCCCGGCGUGCACGGAGGCCGGCGGCGGCGGCGGCGGCCUUGCUAACGGCCUGUCGUCUCUGGAGAGGAGCGAGUUCAGCAGCCAGCAGAGGAAAGGCUCGGGACCGAGACACGGAGACGGUGAGGACCUGAUGGCGUACGGCGGGAAGGCCGGCUUCCUGUCCCGGAGCCAGAUGUCCAGUAACUGCUCCACCACAGGAAGCUGCUCGUCCCGAGGCUCCACCGGCUCCCGGGGGCCCGGCUCGGCCCGCAAACAGCACGAGGAAAUGAGAUAAGGACGGCAGGAAGCGCGUCCUCCUCCUGCUGCUCCUCCACCCGGGACCCUGAGGACCGCCCCCCCCCUCGGUGACCGUCCGCCCGGCGUUCCGGGUUCUCCCCCCUUUUUGCGCCUCCGUUCUGUAAAUACCUGCCGUUCCGUUCUCUCCCGCUCGCAGGGAAUCAGAUGUAUAUUGUAUUUAUGAGAAUUCAAAAACAAAAAAAAGUGGAAAAGUCUGUUCUGAUGAAACCAAGUCUUCUUGAAUGUGCCAACUUUUAGUCCAGAUGUAAAGUUUGGUUGUUUUUUUUAUUUUAUUUUGUUUUCCUGCUCGGAGGCGUUUGAACUACUGUUGCACUCAUGUUGUGAUGAAAACAACAGACGAUACCAAGCACAACGGUCCAGAGGGGGCGGAGCCAGAACUGAGUGGGUCCUGGAGCAGCCCACCCCCCCACCGGACCCCCCCCCCCCCACCGACCCCCCCCCCCCCCCACCCACCCAGGACCCCGUGGUCUGCUCCGAAUGUCCCUGUUCUCCGGUUCCUGACUGACAGGCGUCAUGAAGGUUUGAUUGUAACCCCGCCCACUCUGAACCCCGCCCUCUCUAAACCCCGCCCCCCUCUGACCCCCGCCCC